AUGUGGUGCAUUUCACGGCGAAUGCUUUGCGGUGCAGCCGUUACGACGAAGACGACGGCAGCAUCAUCGGCAACAGGCGGUACUGAGUUUUCUUUCAGCAAGCGGCUGAAGGAGCUGGAGAGCGAUCCCGAGUGUGCGUUAAGUGGAAAGGAAUAUGCCCUCCUCCGGGAAAAGCUACAGCAAUAUCGUAGUCUCCAGAAUAAAUACGCAGUGAAGCAAGAUGAUAUUGAGCGGGCAAAGCGGGCGGCACGGUACAGCGGGCUGGAGUUUACGCCAAAACCCGUACGAAAGAAUUCUAAGCAGGGAAUACAUGAGUAG